AUGGACCUGUUUUCCAAAUCUGGUCGUACUCGGAAAUUGGACAAGUUCACCCCCAAAGAAUCGAAGUUUGGAGCUGAGGAAGACUUUUCAGCUGAAGAAAAUUCACAGUCCGCUUCAAGUCAACUGGACAAGUCCACCCUUAAACUUAGACAAGAUAAAAGGCGAGAGAAACCUUCGUCCUCUUCUUGGUUCAGAAUCUCGCCUGACGGAAAAGAUCGCACACCCCCAAAACCUCACGAGUGGAAAACGUCAAUCACCGAAAAGACUACACACCCUUCUCUAUCACUACACUCCAAUCAAUCAUCAACGAAUAAAAGUAAAAUGUCAGAUUUAGCAGGGCCGCCAAAAGACCCUGCACGACCCACAGCGUCAGCUCAGAUAUCUACAACCGAAAGCUCCGACUUCGAUUUAAGACCACCACCACUCAAAGAGAAAGCCGCCAAUUUGGAGACUCUCACUGAACUCCUCUAUUGCGAACAAUACCUCCGAGUCCUAACAUCUGACUCUCAACUUCUAAGAUGCUUUCCUACCUUUCUAAAUAAAUACCGCCCAGAACUGGCUCAUUUCGUCCCGGAGUAUCUGGAGGUACAAAAAGUACUCAAAGCAGUAGACUAUGCAAACGCCGUUGCUGCUAACCUGUCCAAUUCCCCAAACUUGACCCUGGAUUCGACGCCAGCCGUAGAACUAUCUGCAGGCUUCCAGGAGGUCUCAAAACGUGCUUUCAAUGCACUUUUACAACAGGCUCUUCCGGCGUGGGUAACUUACUCUCUUGUAAAGACUGCGACGUCUUGUCUUGCAGCCGAGUUGACUGGCCAUGCUACGCCACUAACUCGCGAUUUAUUUGGAGGCCCUUAGCGAGGUAUUUCGUAUUAGUGAUCCGAAUCAGCCUGAUAAUCCACUAGUUUAUGUAUCUGAGGAGUUCUUUCGGCUUUCGGGAUACAACAGAGAAAGUGUCAUAGGGAAGAAUUGUCGUUUUCUUCAAGGGCGACGAACGAAUUGGGACAGUAAGCGCAGAUUGAGGAAAGCAAUUUCUUCUGGGUCGGAGAUUUGUGAGACGUUGCUGAAUUAUCGAAGAGAUGGAACGCCGUUUGUUAACGUCUUGCUCUUGGCCCCAUUACAUGAUGGGAAGGGGAAGGUAAAAUACUACCUGGGUGCGCAAGUGGAUGCAAGUCGUCUCGUGGAGGGGGGACGAGGCGUCGAUGGAUUUGAACGUUUUCUCCUGAGACGAGAAUUGGAUUUGGAACGUGAAAGCGAGGAGGAAAAUGAUCCGAAAGAGGAGGUCUUCGCGAAACUUAGGGAACUUGGCAAAGCUUUUAAUCUAGAAGAGAGCGCCAUAGUUCACGACAUCAGCCAGGGUGGAACAGGUUUCGCGGAUUUGAGCGAUAAUUUCUAUGGAAGUCCGUCUCGAACACCUAAGGCAAGAAGAAUAAUCAAAGAAGAAGAUGAUGGAUCAGAUAGCGAUAACGAGAGAGGAGACGAAGCCAUGGAAGCUGGAAGUGAUACAGCCUGGAAACUAUCAAGUACUGCAGCGUCCGGUCGUUUACCCGGUGCGAUCUAUCAGAAAUACGUUUUGAUACGGCCAUAUCCUUCAUUGAGGAUGAUUUUCGUGUCCCAAUCAGCAAGAAAGUUGGGUCAAUUACAACAACGUCCAUUUCUAUCUUAUAUCGCAGCACCAGCAAGCACAUUGACUGGGCUUCAGGAGUCGCUACAAUCAGGUGAAGCGGUGACAGCAAAGGUGGCAUUCCUAAGUCGCCCUGGAAUAGGAAGGGAGGGGACGGUGACCGGAAGAUGGGGAAAGAAAGGCAGACGUGGAGAGCCAAGUGCAGAACUGGAUCCAUCGAGACUUGGAAAAACUUGCUGGAUUUCUGCCACACCAUUACUUGAUGUCAACGGAAAUGUUGGCGUCUGGAUGGUAGUUAUCCUCGAAAAGGGAAGCGCAGAGAUGAACUUCGCCAAUGAUAUGUCAUUCAUCGAUGAAAAAAGUCCAGGUCCAGUUCCAUCCUCAUCUAAAAGAGGAGAUGAAACACAAGUGGAAAUAGAUGAACUAGAUCGUCCUUUGAAACCAAGACUUGUGGGUGGAUGUGAAUUCGUCACUACAACACUAGAAAUGAGGCCUAGCACCAAAAUGUUCGAACCAACCGCACCAACUGCACCACCUCCACCGGCAGCAGAGACGGAGAGCUAUGUGGGGGUAGAACAACACAAUGACAAAAAUAUCAUUAGCAAAGAUACAAAGCUAGUGACACAACGAAACGAAGCUAUCACAUCAUCACCCGAUAUCAGCGCGGGGGAAAAAAUCAGAUCACUCAUUCCGUCUCUUCGAUCCCGAAUUCCAUGGACGAACAAGAAAAGGAACAACAAUGAAAACCACCAUCAGAAAUAUCCGCUGUCCCGAGUGUCAUAUUAA